GCGGGAGGUAGCGGUUCUUCGGGAGCGGGAUGGAGGCGGGAGCGGCGGCACGGCACCCGGUGGGUGCGCGUUCGCUGAGCAGAGCCCUGGCCGCCCCCCGCCCUCAGGAGCGCCCCGGGUGCCCCCCGGCCCCCGGCGGCGGUUCGAAGGCCGAGGCGCGGGUGCUGGUCAUCAACACGGGGGGCACCAUCGGCAUGGUGCAGGACGACAAGGGGCUUGCUCCCGAGGCAAAUAAAUUAGUAAGCAGUUUGAAAACAAUGCCAAUGCUGCAUGAUGAGGCAUAUGCCCAGGAAACAAAACUGAACAGCUUCCAUGAAUUUCCAGAAAACACACUGGUGCUCCCUGUCUCUAAGCAAAACAAAAGGAUUUUUUACACAAUCCUGGAGCUCUCACCGCUGCUUGAUUCUUCCAACAUGACUCCAGAGGACUGGGCCAAAAUUGCAAGGAAACUUGAGGAGCACUACGAAAAGUAUGAUGGUUUUGUGAUCCUUCACGGCACUGAUACCAUGGCCUAUACAGCUUCAGCCUUAUCCUUCAUGUGUGAGAAUCUGGGUAAAACUGUUGUUCUGACAGGAUCUCAGGUGCCCAUAUACGAGCUGCAGAAUGACGGCCGAGCCAACCUUCUGGGCGCACUGCUGUUCGCUGGGCAGUUUGUGAUUCCUGAGGUGUGCCUGUAUUUUUAUAAUAAACUGUACAGGGGAAAUAGGGUGACUAAGGUGGAUGCUGCGAGUUUCAAUGCCUUUUCCUCACCUAACCUGCCUCCACUUGCAAAUGCUGAGGUUGAUAUUACAAUAAAUUGGGAAACAGUGUGGAGAGCCAAUACCAAAAAGAAAUUUCGAGUUCACACCAAUAUGAACAGGAAUGUUGGGCUUCUGCGAAUCUUCCCAGGAAUCACUGCUGCUGUUGUAAAAGCGUUUCUUCAGCCUCCAAUUGAGGGAAUUGUACUUGAAGCUUAUGGUAGUGGCAAUGCCCCAAACAAUAGAGAAGACUUGCUGGAAGAACUGAAGAAAGCCGCUGAACGGAAAGUAGUGAUUCUAAACUGUACCCAGUGCUUACGAGGGUCUGUCAAAACAGUCUAUGCAACAGGGCAGACUCUCGCUGAUGUUGGCGUAAUUCCUGGAGGUGAUAUGACGCCAGAGGCAGCCCUAACUAAACUGUCAUACACGCUCAGCAAGAGUAAGCUUAGCUGGGAGGAGAAGAGGCAGAUGCUGAGUGAGAAUCUAAGAGGAGAAAUGACUGUUGUACCCACAGGAGCCAAGAUCUCUCUGAGAGAUAGCAAGUUUAUUCAAGUGAUUGCCAAAUCUCUGAGUAUCAGCAGCAAGGAGGAGUUAGAAGCCAUAAGAGAUGCAUUAAUUCCACCUUUGGCUUGUGCUGCAGCUAAACUGGGUGACAUUGAUGCACUAAGAGCCAUAGCAGAAAUGGGUGGAAACCUGAGCUGUGGAGACUAUGAUGGCCGAACUCCACUUCAUAUUGCAGCCUCUGAAGGGCAUUUACCAUUAGUUGAGUAUUUGUUGACAUCUGGUGCAACUGUUUAUGCUAGAGACAGAUACGGAUCUACCCCGCUGAUGAAUGCGAUCAAGUUCAGGCACAUACAAGUGAUUAAUUUGUUAAGAGAAACGGGAGCGCACCUUUCAAGCCAGGACUUGGAGAACAUUGGAACAAUACUCUGCAGCCUUACAGCUAAAGGCGAUGUGGAUGGGCUGUAUGCCUGGUACCUAGCUGGUGCAGACCUGAAGCAAACUGGUUAUGAUGGCAGGAAUCCCCUACAAGUAGCAGAGUCUACAGGACAUAAGGAGGUUCUUGACUUCUUAAGACAAAAACAGUAAAGAAGAGGCUUUAGAAGAUGGUCACCCUCUUCAGAAAUACCAGCUUUGGACAUUAAUGCUGUUAAAUGGUUAUGGGAGGAAAACAGGAAAGGAACAGUGGAAGCUGUGCUUCAAGCACACAGGAAAACUAUAGAGCUUAGAAAUAGCCUUUAUUUAGGGUCACAUUAAGUUCUUACUGAUUUUCUAAAAAUUAUUUGCUGCUUUAUCUUUUAAUCACUUUUCCUGAAAAGAAAUGUUUUUAAAACAAGUGAGCCUGGGUAUUGCAUUUAUGUACAAGUUCUGGUUUUAAAGAGGCCUUUUGAAUCUUCUUAUGUUAAAUCAGUGAGGACAGUAUUGCAUGCUCAGCAAACAGAAAUGCUGUGGUAAACACAUACAAAUUAAAAACAGUGGAUCGUGCAUUUCUGGAUUUCAGCUAAUAAAAUCUCUGAGGAACAA